AAAUGGAGUACGGAUAUGAAUCUUGACGAUACAAAUGUAGCGAGUAUGAACAGAGGAUGGUCAUUGAAGAGUCGCGGCUUCACUCUCUCAGCAUUUAUUAUUUCGUAAUUAUGGCCGAGUAUCAUCAACUCAUAGGCUGUUCGCAUUCCUGCUCCUUUUUUAGAGAUGCCUGUGUUGUCUUCAUGGUAUAUAUAUAUAUAUAUACCUGUAGCAGGAAGAAUUAUCCUUACAGAAACAGAAUUUCCACUCUCUUCUUCUCCUGCAGUUUGAGCUGAAGAGAUUCCUUUUCUACCGAUGGACGACUGGAGUGAUUUCUUUGAUAUUUGUGAUGAGGGUUGUGAUCUUGAUUACCACAGUGAUGGCUAUUCAUAUGAAGGGGACUUUGAUUUUGAUUAUCCUUAUGGAGAGGACAUAAAUGACUGCUAUGCAUAUGAACAAGAUUGGGAUCUUGAUUUAGCUUUUGCAGAGAACUUGAGUGAUUACUCUGCAAAUAAUUUUGCUUCAGAGAAUGAUGAUACUUGUGAGGAAGACACAAGUGAAAGCUACGAAUCUGAAGAGGACUUUGGUCAUGAUGAUGAUACUCAUCCAGACGAUGUAAGUGAUGAAGAGUGGGACUAUGACGAUGAUGAUUCAGAAGACCCUAAUGAAUGCUAUGCAUAUGGAGAGGAUUGGGAUCAUGAUGAUGAUACUUAUUCAGAAGCCUUUAGUGAAGAAUUCUUUGACUAUGAUGACUAAGUAUUAAAAGUUUUUGUAGUACUUUGUAAUGGAGUAGUACCUUACAAAUGGUUUAA